GGCGCACGAUUCGAAUCUGCGGAACGGCGCAGUGGUGGAUGCUGGGCACAGCCAGAUCACAGUCUUUGCCAGGGACCCGCCUCAGCCAAUGUCAGGGCCGUUCAGCCCGGAGCUGCCUGUGGGCGGGGUACCAGAUGGACCGAGCAGCGGCGUUCGUGGACGGGCGGCUGGCUCGUGCCGCGGCCGCGCGGCACCCGCGCCGAGCGCCACCUUUCUGCAGGCGCUGCGAGCCACCAUGUUAGCCGAGUCCUGGGCUGACAGGGCCGGGCCGGCGUGUCAGCGUCGCGGGAGCCACCAGGAUGAGCUGGACGAGGCCGAGACGGACGAGCUGGCGCGCCGGCCGGCGGCGCUGGCCUGGCCGCGCGACUCUGACGACGAGGUCUGCUUCGGCCUGCUGCCCUGCGUGGUUGGUGGUCUACAGUUCUACGGCACCCAGCUGGAGAACGGCCAGCCGCUGCGCCUGAUGCGCCACACCGCCACCAGCUUCGGCGCCAACGGCCUGCGCGCGCUCAGCCUGCAGGGCGAGACGGUGGGCCACCUAAAGCGUGAGUUUGCGGCCGUGCUUGCGCCACUGGUGGAUGAGGGCCGCGUGCGGCUGGAGGCGCGCUGCGCGGUCGGUGCCGGUCGCCGCGGCCAGUUCUCGGCCGCCGUGGAUGUGACGGUGCACGGCCGGCCGGACGAGCGGGACGCCGUCAUCGCCCGGCUUCGCGAAGUGGGUUACGCGCUGCAGCAGCCCGAGCCGGAGGGAGCCCUAGCGUGCACGCCGCUGGCACCGCUGGACGUGCAGCAAGCGGUGGACGGGCGCUGGCAGGAGGUGCAGCGCGCGCUGCCCGAGGUGGAGCCGUGCGCAGCCGUUUCCAGGCGUCUGUACCGACACCAGAAGCAGGCGCUCGGUUGGAUGAUGGCGCGCGAAGCGGCCCCCGGCCUGCUGCCGCCCCCGGGCUCGCUGCGCGGCGGCAUCCUGGCGGACGACAUGGGCCUGGGCAAGACGCUGCAGGUGAUUGCUCUGGUGCUGACCCACUUCCGCGCCGGUCGACCGCUGGCCGCUCCGGUUCCCGGCAAGCGCCGCCCGUCGCCGUGA